ACCUCAAUAAUAUAAUUGAAUGUGCAAAGACUGUGUUCAUUGAUUUUAUUCCGACUUUGUGUGAUUUUUCAAUAAAAAAAAAAUCCGAAGAAAUGUUCAUUACGGCCAUUCAAAAUGUCAUCAAGCGGGAGCUGUUCAGAGGAAGCAUGCAUCGUGGUAAAUACAGAUACGUCAGACCGAUUAAAGCCAAGGAAAUGCAAUUGCUACGAGAAGAGUAUUUGCGAGAAGAACGAGUCAUGCAAUUGCUUUUAAAUCCCUAUUUGAAACAGGAGGAAUCGCUUGGACAUACCGCAGCAUUCGAUAAAAAAGAAAAACGUUUAGAGGAAAUCAGAGAAGGACGACGCAUAGCUAAGCUUAAGCCAAACACACUAAUUGAAGAUCGACUCAAGCAUUUAACAGUUAAAGAUGUCUGGGAUUAAAUGAAACAUACAUAAAAAAAUUAAGUUGAUUUUCAGUGAAGUGCUUCAGAGCGUUGUUUUAUUUGUGUACACUAAUAAUGGAUGCAUUUAUAUGAAAUAAAUCGAAACGAUAAAUGCA